CCAAAUUUAAGAGUAGGAAUUUUAUUUGGAAUUGAGAGUGAAGCCCAGGAUGGAAUUUUGAGGUUGAGAGUUGAGAGACAGGGCCGAAGCCUAUAAAACGCUGAUUCAGCCGAACAUGUUGAGCCUCUUUGCCGCAUCACUCCCUCCCUACCUGCUCCUUCUAUAAAUUCAGCAUCCGGCGGAGCUUCAUAACUGAUAACUCGCAAUCAUUCACCUCUCUCUCUCUCUCUCUCUCUCUCUACGCAUCCAUAUAUCGAUCGGCUUUUACUUGUUUAUCUCUCCUCUCUCUCUCUCUCUCUCUCUCUUUGGAUCUGAACAUGGUCGAAACCAGAAGAAGCUCCUCGUCUUCCAAGCGCCCUCUCUCUUCCCCAUCCUCUCCUCUCCCUAAUGGCAAGCGCUCCAAGGCGGCAGAGGCGGAGGCGUUGUCAUCAACUAAUGAUACCCUAGCAAAGAAAACACAGGGUGCGGUGAAUGAAUCCGGACAAGAAUCUGCUGACCAAGAGGUUCGAUCCACUGAUCUGCCUGCUGCCACUCUUUUCAAGUCCUCUGAUGCUUCUGUCCCACUUCAAUCCACAGAUAAUCAAGUUCAAGGAUCACCCAUCACUUUAGGUCAUUCUGUGAUUGAUGUGGAGAAAACCAAGUUAAAUGGGUCGUCACUGAAUAAGGUGAAAAAGCGGCAGCUGAAAUCGAAUGUUGGGGCUGCAUGGGGAAAACUUAUUUCCCAGUGCUCUCAAAAUCCUCAUUUUGUCAUGCAUUGUCCCACUUAUUCUGUUGGUCAAGGUCGUCAGUGUGACUUGUGGAUAGGAGACCCUUCUGUUAGCAAAUCUUUAUGUAAUCUGAAGCACAUUGAGCAAGAGAAAGGAGGUUUUAUCACUCUACUUGAAAUUACUGGCAAGAAAGGUGACGUGCAAGUCAAUGGUAAGGUCUACCCAAAAAAUUCUACUGUGCCUCUCAAUGAUGGUGAUGAGAUGGUUUUUGGCUCAUCUGGUGAACAUGCUUAUAUAUUCGAGAAAAUCACCUAUGACAAUACAUCUAGUUUGCCACGUUCAGUUGGCAUACUUGAAGCUCAUAGUGGAUCAGUCAAGGGAUUACAUGUUGAGGCAAGGUCAGGGGACCCUUCCACAGUAGCGGUGGCGUCAACCCUUGCAUCUUUGUCAAAUUUUCAGAAAGAGUCGUCCCUUCUCCCGUCAUCAUCUCAAAAUGGCAAGGAUAUGAAACAGGGUUCGGAACUGCCAAGACUACCAGCUGCAAAUGGAGUGGCAGACAAACAUGAUUUAGAUGCUGAAAUGAAGGAUGCUUCUGAUCAUAGUGAUUUGCCUGAUGUUUCACAGUGUGAGAAGACUGGUGUAAUAUCUCCUGACACUAGAAAUGAGAACGUGAACCUUGAUAGUGGUGCACUUGAUUCAGUCGAUGCAGAGAUAGGGAAGAUCUCUGGGGUAGCUCAGGAACUGCGACCUCUCCUGCGAGUACUUGCCGGAUCUUCUGAGUUUGAUUUAAGUGGCAGCAUUUCCAAAAUUCUUGAAGAGCGGAGGGGAAUACGGGAACUACUCAGAGAUUUUGACCCGCCAAUUUUGACAUCAUCCAGGCGCCAAGCUUUUAAAGAUGCCUUACAACAAGGAAUACUCGAUUCAAAAAAUAUUGAGGUCUCGUUUGAAAAUUUUCCCUAUUAUUUGAGUGAAACCACAAAGAAUGUGCUGAUUUCUUCCACUUACGUUCAUUUGAAGUGUCACAAAUUCACAAAAUAUGUAUCCGAUCUCCCCACGUUGUGCCCUAGGAUUUUGUUGUCAGGUCCAGCAGGUUCAGAAAUCUAUCAGGAGACAUUGACUAAGGCUCUUGCGAAAUACUUCGGUGUCAGGCUACUGAUAGUUGAUUCUCUUUUAUUGCCUGGUGGGUCAAUUGCCAAAGACAUCGACUCUGUAAAGGAAAGUUCAAAGCCUGAGAGAACAAGUGUCUUUGCUAAACGUGCUACCCAGGUAGCUGCACUACAUCUUAAUAAGAAGCCAGCUUCAAGUGUUGAGGCGGAUAUAACUGGUGGUUCUAUAAGUUCUCAUGCUCAGCCUAAGCAGGAGGCGUCUACUGCAUCAUCCAAAAACUACACUUUUAAGAAAGGUGACAGAGUGAAGUAUGUUGGUCCAUUACAGUCAGGCUUUUCUCCCUUGCAAACACCUUUGAGGGGUCCAACAUAUGGUUAUAGGGGCAAAGUGGUUCUUGCAUUUGAAGAUAAUGAGUCCUCUAAGAUUGGCAUAAGGUUUGAUAAAUCAAUUCCAGAGGGCAAUGAUCUUGGUGGUCGCUGCGAGGAAGAUCAUGGGUUCUUUUGUGCUGCUGACUUUCUCCGCCUUGAUGGCUCGAGCAGUGAUGAUAUUGAUAAACUGGCCAUUGAUGAACUUUUUGAGGUUGCUUCAAAAGAAAGUAAAAUUAGUGCAUUAGUUUUAUUUGUCAAAGACAUUGAGAAGUCUAUGGUGGGAAAUCCUGAGGCCUAUGCUGCUUUCAAGAUUAAGCUUGAGCAUUUACCUGAGAAUGUUGUUGUCAUAGCUUCCCAUACCCAAACAGACAAUCGAAAGGAGAAAUCACAUCCUGGUGGACUACUGUUCACAAAGUUCGGAAGUAACCAGACCGCAUUGCUUGAUCUUGCCUUCCCAGAUAAUUUUGGUAGGUUGCAUGAUAGAAGCAAAGAAACUCCUAAAACGAUGAAGCAGCUCACCCGUCUUUUCCCCAAUAAAGUUACCAUACAAAUACCUCAGGAUGAAGCAUUAUUGUCUGACUGGAAGCAACAGCUAGAACGGGAUAUUGAAACUUUGAAAUCUCAGUCAAACAUCGCAAGCAUUCGCAAUGUUUUGAAUCGUAUAGGAAUUGAUUGCCCUGACGUUGAAACUUUAUGCAUAAAAGAUCAAGCAUUAACAAGUGAAAGUGUGGAAAAGAUACUAGGCUGGGCCUUGAGCCAUCACUUUAUGCACAAUUGUGAAUCGUCAGUGAAAGAGGCCAAGCUGGUUAUCUCCAGUGCAAGCAUUUCUUAUGGGCUCAAUAUUUUCCAAGGCAUCCACAAUGAAACCAAGAGUCUUAAAAAAUCUCUUAAGGACGUGGUUACUGAGAAUGACUUUGAAAAGAGACUACUUGCUGACGUUAUUCCGCCUAGUGAUAUUGGUGUUACUUUUGGUGACAUUGGGGCCCUGGAAAAUGUCAAGGAUACUUUAAAAGAAUUGGUGAUGCUGCCACUUCAAAGACCUGAAUUGUUUUGUAAAGGACAGCUGACCAAGCCUUGCAAGGGAAUACUUCUUUUUGGGCCCCCUGGUACCGGUAAAACAAUGCUUGCAAAAGCUGUUGCAACCGAGGCUGGUGCGAACUUUAUUAAUAUAUCAAUGUCGAGCAUUACUUCAAAGUGGUUCGGUGAAGGAGAGAAGUAUGUCAAAGCAGUCUUCUCAUUAGCUAGUAAAAUAGCGCCUAGUGUUGUUUUUGUUGACGAGGUGGAUAGCAUGCUAGGAAGACGAGAAAAUCCUGGCGAGCAUGAAGCAAUGCGGAAAAUGAAGAAUGAAUUCAUGGUGAAUUGGGAUGGCUUGCGUACAAAGGACAAGGAACGAGUGCUUGUACUUGCUGCAACUAAUAGACCAUUCGACCUUGAUGAAGCAGUUAUUAGGAGACUUCCACGGAGGUUGAUGGUAAACUUGCCAGAUGCUCCGAACAGGGAGAAAAUUUUGAGAGUAAUAUUGGCUAAGGAAGAGUUGGCUUCAAAUGUUGAUCUGGAAGCUAUUGCAAAUAUGGCUGAAGGGUAUUCUGGAAGUGAUUUAAAGAAUUUAUGUGUCACAGCUGCUCAUUGCCCAAUUAGAGAAAUAUUGGAGAAAGAGAAAAAGGAAAAGGCAUUGGCAGUUGCAGAGAGCAGGCCCCUCCCUGCAUUGCAUAAUAGUGCGGAUGUUCGUCUUCUUAACAUGGAUGAUUUUAAAUAUGCACAUGAACAGGUAUGUGCUAGUGUAUCUUCAGAAUCAGCAAACAUGAAUGAGCUUCUCCAGUGGAAUGAAUUAUAUGGAGAAGGUGGAUCGAGGAAGAAGAAAUCUCUCAGCUACUUCAUGUAGAGAGAGACAUGUGAAUUGUAUAGUAUUACUUUAUUUAUUUAGUUGUUAAUCUACCCAAGAUGGCAGCAACGGGUCCUGCGUGCAUGGAAAAAUGUGGCCCAUGUGUAUCCUAGUUAGUUUUAUAGGGUAUUUAUCUCAGCAAGUGCAGGUUAUGAAGAAAUAUCUAUCCGAAGCUUGUCUUCCAAUUUUCACCUUAUUAGAUCUCUCUGUCUCUCUCUCUUUCUCUCUGUAUAUACAGUUUGAUUUAUUUAAUAAGCAUCUUCAUGCUUCAGUCUA